AUCGGAAGUGUAAAGGUGCAACUACAAAUAUGAAGGUAGUUUGCUUACUGGCGCAGUUGUGCGCAACUGUCUACGGGGUGGCAGGCGCUGCCUCUGAUCCGUGCCCGCUGGGAGGUAACUACUGCCCCGAUAGCAAGAUAUGUCAGGGAAACACGUGUGUCUGGCCUCAGGGCACUGUCGAGUACCAGUGCACGACGCUGGGGCAGACGUGCGCCUCGGGCCGUGCCUGCAUCCCCUGCUACCUGCGGGAUUCUGAGCUCUGCUGCCGCCGAGCCGACCUCCUCGGUUCUGACCCAUACUGCGGGGAGCGGUACCAGGAAAACCACAGAUGGAAGACCGGCACUUACUGUCCAGACGGAAAAGUUUGUCAGAAAAUAAAGGGUGUUUUCAAGUGUCAGUUCACUACGCCACAGCCCAGUUGCGACACAUUCGGUGACAUCUGUGGCCUCGACAGCGACCGAAACUGUGUGCAGUGUUACUUCCUACCGGGACUCUGCUGCCGCCGGCGCUCCAAACUCGGGACCAUUGCUAGCGAGUGCCAGUACGGGGGCACCAACUGUCCGGGAGCGCAAACAUGUCAGCAGACCACCGGUCCCGACGGCUCCGUCACCAGGACUUGUGUUUAAACGGGCGAUAUGUAUAACAAACAUGUUUAAACGCAUGCUUGGUAUAACGACCCAGCAGCACCUAUAGCACGGGUUGGAAGACACCAGUGACGCUGCUACUUUUGUGUGCUUCGUGUGUAUUUAUGUUGCUUAUUUCUGUUUUUAUGUUACCUUGCAAACAUUGAUUUACGUUGCGAUUUUUGUGAUAUAUCGGUAUCAUCAAAUGCAUACAUAUUUUAUUGGGCAUUUUCAGCAUUUCUAACGACCAAGUGGUUUGGAGAACAGAUUUCCACGAUAUCACGAGCCUGGUAGUAGGGUGGCAGACGAAGACAGUUUGACAUUGCUUUAUUUUAAGAGCGAUGCAAAUGGUAAUAAUGCUGAUAGAUCUACUGAGAGGAUGGGGAUUUUACGUAAAAAUCUAGAAUUUUUUCACAUCCGUAAAUUUUCAUUUUUUCUUUUUAUGCUGCGACACUGGAGAGGGUCAGGCUCUCGAAACUCUCUUGCGUUACGAAUAGCACGCAAGCAAAGCUUAAAAUAACCCAGAAGGCCAAACAUGAGGCGUCGCGUAUCUCCCCCAUGCCUUAAGUAUUACGAACUGGCCCGGUUGACGAAUCCACAAUGGUAGAACAACGAGAAUCAUUCCAGCAUGUACGCUCCGUUACCUUGCCUUUCUCAUAGGUCACUGAACCCUUCUCUCCUAUCAUCCUCCACCAAUCUCUCUCUCUCCCUCUCUCUCUCUCUCUCUCUCUCUCUCUCUCUCUCUCCCUCCCUCCCUCCCUCCCUCUCUCUCUCUCUCUCUCCCUCCCUCCCUCCCCCUCCCUCCCUCCCUCCUCCUCUCUCUCUCUCUCUCUCUCUCUCUCUCUCUCUCUCUCUCUCUCUCCCUCCAUGCGCCGGCGGCCCGACUACCCUCCUCACAGCUACCCGUCUUCCCUGUGCCCGGCGGCUACCCACCUGCCUCGCGGCUGUUUUCCCGGCCCACCUCUCUCGACACCGCCCGCCUCACUUCCCGCCGCAGUCACCUGCCAGGCACGGAGCCAUGAAGACCUCUCCAAAGCCAGUGCUGCUGCUGCUGCUGCUGUGCUGUUGGCUGAAGUCGUGGCCGAGCACUGCGUACCCAUUGCAGGAGGUUGACACGCCCUCGCCAGAGCCGGCCCAAGAGAGUGUGGGCCUGGGGGAUGCCGUCCCGAACGAAAAACCAUCAGUUUCUGAAGAUGCUCAUUUGGAGACGGAUGACUCGAUUGAAGACAUCCAAAGCAGCCCUGGAGACGGUAAAAACGUCUUUGAGAAGAUGAAUGUUAUUCGUGAGAAGCUGAGUACAAUGCAUAAAAUACUGCAUGACACUUUUGAAGAGAAAGGAGAAUCGUAUGAAGAGGAAAAAGAGGCCAGUGAUGGAGACGAAGAAGAAGCCAGUGACGAAGAAGAAGAAGCUGCCCUCAAGAAGGAUGACAUCGACUCUGACAUGAAGAACAAUGAUUCUUCUGAAGAACAGCAGCAUUACAAUCAGGAAGACCAGCAAAAUGUGAACAGUGCAUCCAACAGCCAGGACACUGAGACGCAAGACGCUGUCAGUAUCACCAGUGAUGACAACCCAACGGAUGAAAACUCGGAACUUCAAUCAAACAAUCCCGCUCAAGAUAGUGAAGGCUCUGGGUUCCCCAUUCCAAAGAACUGGACUCCUUCUACCAGCGAUGCUGAUUCAGAACUCCCUACCAGUCCCGGACUUCUCGCACGCUUCAGUGACGACUUCCGGGAUCUUCUCGAUAAUGUAAGGGACAUCACUGUUGACCUGCAGGAUCUUCACUCGCCAGACGAGGGCGUGGAGCCCUCCGCUACAGACUCAACCGACCUCAGACCAGCAGAAGCUCGCGCUGACGAUAAUGUGCCGCUCUCUGUAGCUCCUGACGAGCGAGCGCGCAUCGCCGUCUUCCCGGCUCGUGCCAACAUUGACCAGGCGCUUCUACUUCUCCGCGACCUGCAAAGGAUGCUAGAGGAACGCCUGGACGUCUUCAACAUCAUGCUGGAACGAUUCUACCUCGGCGAGGUGCGAACAAGCGAUCAAGUGUCUCAGAUCAGAAACAGUCUCGAAGGACGCCGGCGUCACCAUCAUUAUUAUGACCAUCAUCACAACUUCCAAGGUUUCCAUCACCAUCACGAUGAUGACCACAGCCAUGAUGGAAGCGGUCGCCCCGGUGGUGGCGGUGGUCGCCCCGGUGGUGGUGGUGGACGCCGCGGCGGUGGUGGAGGAGGACGGCGGCCCAGUUUGGACGCUCAUCAAGUCAGCGAUGGUCAUGGAGCUCAACAGUUGACCAUCAUUAACUUGUUCGAUGAUGAAGGAAAGGAUGACGGAGGGAAGAAAAAACCUUGUUCAAAAAGGGCUCCGUGCUAGACCAGCGAAGUUGCUAAACCAGCGAAAGUUGCAGAGAUGGUGAAAUCACUAACCGGUAUUUAUAAUGAUGUACAAAUGACGUGUUGAUUAUUCUAAGUCGCGUUCCAUAUAAUCAUUUUUUGUUGUUGUUGUUGUUGAUUAGUCGUUCUUCAAAAGACAUUUGUUCACAGUUACCUCUCAUUGGCCAGGAGUGCUUAAACAGAACUUUAUUGACGCAUGUAAAAGUGUUUCGCAUUGAAUGUGUAGCCGGACGUUUUUCUGAUGUUGAGAUGCGAUUCUGAAUAAAUGAACAUGGUUAAUGG